GUGGGCCUGGCUCUGGCAAAAGUAGCCAGUCUGAACAGUUAGCCAAGAAAUACGGAUUUACUCACCUGUCCACUGGUGACCUUCUCCAAAACGAGUUAUCUUCAUUAUCAGAGAGAAGUAAAUUGAUCAAAGACAUCAUGGAAUGCGGCGAACCUGUGCCUGACGGUAUUGUUUUAGAGCUUCUGAAGGAAGCCAUGGUUUCCAAGCUAGGGGACACAAAAGGAUUCCUGAUCGAUGGGUAUCCCCAGGAGCUGAAGGACGCGGAAGAGUUUGAGAGCAAGAUUGGGGAACCUAAACUCGUGUUCUGCCUGGACUGCUCUGCAGAAACCAUGAGCAGUCGCCUGCUGAUGAGACAUCAGAGCACUCAUGCCCGGGGAAUGCCAGAAGGAAUCGAAAGCUAUUGCCAAGCAUCAAAACCUCUGAUUGAAUACUAUGAAAGCAAGACACAGUUAUGCAAGGUUGAUGCAGAAGGAACACAGGAGGAUGUUUUUCUGGAAAUCUGCAAGGCAGUUGACUCUUUUCUGAAAAAGGAAGAGGCAGCAUUUUCUUUUUCCACAGAAACACAGUAA